UAAAUCCAGUGAAUUGUAGUAAACAAGAAACAACAAAGAUGGUAGAAAUUUGUUUAGAAUCUCUUCUCCUGACCUCGCAGUAUCGAAUCAGUUUUUGGCUAAAUAAUUCAGAAAUUACAUAUUUCGCAAAAUUUGUAAAAAAUAACUAGCUAUAUAUAGCUAGCAAGCCAACAAGUCAGAGAAUAACCAGAGUCAAAAAACUGCUAUCAAUUAUGAAUGCUGUCAUUGGAUUGUGUCAUUUCUGUGAGCUGCAUGGACCUAGUAUAUUAUUUUAUACCCAGUCCUUCCAUUGUUCAAACCAUACACCUGAUCAAGUACUAAAUGGUGUUGCUGCAUCACCUUCAUUAUGUGGAAUCUCGCAAAAUAGAUUGCACUCUGGAUCUUUUUCUGAAGAGACAGUUAAAAAGGAUGAUGAAAAACAGAAAGUGCGACGGACUUCAUCAGGGUCCCGUCAUACUACGUGCGAGGCAUGUCGAUCUCUUAAUCAGGGAGAGCCUGGAUUUUUAAGCAUUGAUAAGGAAUCUCAUAUUAGCUACAUCAGCAUGCAGUAUCCUGAAGAACAGGAACUGUACAGUAUUCUAAGACAUGCUUGUGUUAGAAGUUUAAGUUGUGAAGUUUGUCCUGGAAGAGAGGGUCCUAUUAUGUUUGGUGACGAAGCAAGUGGUUAUGUCUUCAGUUACACCUUUUUCUUAAAAGACUUACAGUCAAGAGGUUUUCAAAGAUGGUACAGCUUGAUCUGUGUUAUGAUGGACAGAAUCUAUCUUGCAAAUUCUUGGCAAUUCUUAAUUAGUAAUUUCAAAAGUAUUAUUGAUGACAUGCAAUCUAAGGCUGAACAGGUGUAUAAAACAGAGCAUGCCGAGAAGCCACAAAGAGAAGCCCUUCUCCAACCAAGGAAUGCCUUUAUGACUCCAGAUCAAUUUCGACGAGCUAGAGGUGGCCAGGUUUAUCGAUCAUUGAUGCAGAUAACAAAAGAUAAGAAUAUCUUCCAAAAUCUUCAUCAGUCAUUUUCAUGGAUAUUAAAAGCAUCUGGUCAGCGUUUUACUGAGAAAUUACUUGAAGGACCACCUGUGGAAGAUUAUUUAUAUGACGAAGAUGAAGUUGAACCUCCAUUAGAAGAAUUGCAAGCGCUGGCUUUAUCUCCUUAUCCAGAUUCAAGUGAAGGUCCAGUGUUUGAAUCUAUUGGACAUGUGUACAAAGUACUUGGCGAUGCAAAUUUUCAUGUAGUUGCUUUCCAUGUUGUUCGUGGAGAUCAACUUGUUGUUCAAGGUGAAAAUGAAGUGACUGUCAAGUCAAUGUUGAAAGUACUCAAGCAAUUUAUUCCGGCUGGUUGUUUUCGAGCGUUAUACUAUGAAAAAGAAUAUCAGGAUUCAUGGCGGUGUAAUUUCCUUGGACUUCCAUUGGGCGUCGAAAUACCAUUCCAUGUGUUACAAUCUCAACUUUUUGUGCAGAUCAAAAUAAUCGACAAAGAGAAUGGGGGUGAAGGUGCAGAAACCUCUUCCAAAUCGCAUUUUAGUUUCUGUGAAAAUUCCUUUGAUUCUUAUCAGUUUGAAGUAUCUGGCAAUUCUGUUGGAAAUGAGCCAACAUACUUGAAGCAUAUCAUGAAGGCAUUACGUAAUAAUACUAUUAAUAGAAGUGUGUUCGACUUAAUGUUAAUAACUGCUAAAGAACAAUGGAUGGGGAAAGUAAAAGUGAUGUUUAAGUUUUCAAAGUCUGGUGUUCGCACAACUGAAGAAAAAGACAGACUUUUAGAAGUGCUUCAAGCAAAACCAGAGGACGAAAUCCUUUUGAAAUAUUGGAUGACGUCAUUAAGUCGUUCUUACAGAUCUCAUUUACUGAAUUGUAGCAAUCACAAAGGCGAAUUAUGAGACAUGACCUCAUGUGCGUUUAGGGACGUGGUUUUGUGUGUCACCAUGGCGAUGAAAACGUGAUGUGACUGAAGGCUUAUCUGCAAAUUCUAGUGUACAUUUUCAAGUUCGAAUUAAUAGAUCGUCUUCAUUAAAUGACAAUAAUCCGAGAGACCAAUAACCGUUACACCCUGUGACGUUAUAUGUGACUUAUGACGUAACGUGUAACAUAAAUGUUUUCUUAAUCAUGUACAAAUAUGGUUUUCAUUAGAGAAUGACACUAAACAUUUGCGGUUGCAACAACGGAAAUUCAAAAUCAUAUUUUUUUACGAUUAAUCGUCAUCUGUCGAAAUGAGUAAUCCCGUCAUAAUCGAAUAUUCAAAGGAAACUAGCGAUACGACCGGGUGAUUUUGCCGGAUGAUAUUGAACGUAUUAUUAAAUUGUACGAAGAAAUUAAAUUAAUUAGACUUUUUAGAGAAAACGGAAUUAAGUUAAA